AUGAGGUGGUUACUUUCUUUUACCCUCGCCUUUGUCUGGUCGCUGGUGGCUCAGGCCAAGAGCUUUACUGGCAGCCGGUUGCUGGUUGUGCUCGAAGACCAGGCCGAGCGGGAGAAGUACAGCGUGUUCCUCGAGGACUUGACAUCCCGAGGAUUCACUACAACCGUCGGAUCACCAAAGGAUACUACUCUCACAUUACUCAAGCACGGCGAACGAGCAUACGACCAUGUCCUCCUCCUACCAGGCAAGUCGAAAGGCCUCGGCCCUGCCCUCACUGCGAACAACUUCCUCGAAUUCAUGAAGAACAAUGGAAACGUCCUUGUUGCCCUCUCAAGCGAAUACCCUACUCCUACGGCCGUUCAGGCAAUGCUACUCGAAGUCGACAUCAGCGUACCCAACGACAAGGGCGCAUUGGUCGUUGACCACUUCAACUACGAUUCGCUGUCAGCAGAUGAGGCGCACGAUGUUCUUCUCCUUCCGUUCCCAGGUGCGCUCAGGCCCGAUGUCAAGAACUACUUUUCUGGUGAGGGAUACAUUGCGGCCCCGCGCGCUGUCGGUCAGACUCUUGGAAACGAGUCUCCUCUCACUUCGCCCAUUCUUCGUGCCCCCAGUACUGCAUACAGCUACAACCCCAAGGAUGAAGCCGAGGGUUCCGAGGACCCCUUCGCGGUCGGUGGUCAGUUGAAUCUGGUCUCUGCCAUGCAGGCAAACAACGCGGCGCGCUUGGUUGUUGUUGGCUCUGCUGAGAUGCUCCAAAACAAGUGGUUCGCUGAGAAGGCGAAGCUGGGCGACAAGUCCAUCACCACCGGAAACCGUGAAUUUGCUGAGAAGGUGUCGGCCUGGGCUUUCAAAGAGACUGGUGUACUUAAGGUUGGAAAGCUCCUACACUACCAGGAUGAAGGUGCCAGCAAGAAGUUGAACACCAGCACUUCCAUCCCAGAGAGCAACCCCAGCAUUUACCGUAUCAAGACGGAUGUUCACUUCCAAGUUGAAAUCUCCGAGUACAACAUGGACCACCUGGAACCCUUUGUCCCUGCUUCAAACGACAACGUCCAGCUUGAGUUCAGCAUGCUUUCGCCUUUCCACCGUCUUAAUCUGUCUCCAAUUGCGAAGACCGAGAAUGCCACCAUCUUCGGUACCGGGUUCAAGACACCUGAUCAGCACGGUAUCUUCAACUUCCGUGUCAACUACCGUCGCCCAUUUGUCACCAACAUCGACGAGAAGAGGCAGGUCACCGUCAGGCACUUUGCUCACGAUGAAUACCCAAGGAGUUAUGAGAUUAGCGGCGCUUGGGUUUGGAUUGGAGGUAUCUGGGUCACCGUUCUCGGAUGGCUCGCAUUCGUAGCUGUCUGGCUGUACAGCGCACCUACUGAGAAGAGCACCAAGAAGACACAGUAG